GGAAAGUCUCCUGGCUCGCUUUUGUUCGCGGGUCGGCGGAUUGGAAGAUGGAGAUGGAUGUGGAGGGAGUUUCACCGUGCCCGGCGGAGCCCAUCCCCCACGCGCCGGGGUCUGGAGGCUGUCAGCAGCAGCAGCAGCAGCAGCAGGAUGGGCAGGCAGGGGAAACAGCCGGUGACAGCAGCGCUCAGCGGCAGCCGGAGAAGAGGCACAGCGGCGAGAAGGAAGACAAAAAGAAGCCUACAGCCAGCAAGACUUCAGGUGCUCCUUCGUAUAGCAGAUGGUCGAGUUCACAACCACAUCAGUCCAACUCCACAGUGAGAACAUACCAAAACAGUAAAUAUCGAGUGACCAUGAGCCCUGGGUUUAGUUCACAGUGGAACAGCAGCCAACCUCUUUGGAACACCUACGCUUUCCCAAGGACAAGCUUGCACUACCAGUCCCAAGCUAGCUACACCUACUGUGCUGGACAUACUGCGCAUUCCUAUGCACCAGCUCCCCAUCCCAUGGCUCCUCCCAGUCCCAGCACUAACAGUAGCAACAACAGCAGCAACAACAGCAGUGGCGAACAGUUGAGUAAAACCAACCUGUACAUCCGAGGCCUUCCUCCGGGCACCACUGACCAGGACCUUAUCAAGCUGUGUCAGCCGUAUGGAAAAAUUGUAUCCACAAAAGCGAUUCUAGACAAAAACACAAACCAGUGCAAAGGUUACGGUUUUGUAGAUUUUGACAGUCCAGCAGCAGCACAGAAAGCAGUAGCAUCUCUUAAAGCAAAUGGAGUGCAAGCCCAGAUGGCAAAGCAACAAGAGCAAGACCCCACAAAUCUUUACAUCUCAAACUUACCCAUUUCCAUGGAUGAGCAGGAGCUGGAGAAUAUGCUGAAGCCCUUCGGACAUGUAAUUUCCACCAGAAUAUUAAGAGAUGCGAAUGGCGUCAGUAGAGGAGUCGGCUUUGCCAGGAUGGAAUCUACUGAAAAAUGUGAAGUGGUUAUUCAGCAUUUUAACGGAAAAUAUCUGAAAACACCCCCUGGCGUGCCAGCCCCAACGGAACCUUUGCUGUGCAAAUUUGCUGACGGAGGACAAAAGAAACGACAGAAUCAAAGCAAGUACACCCAGAAUGGGAGGCCAUGGCCAAGAGAAGGAGAGACUGGCAUGGCCUUGACAUAUGACCCCACAGCUGCUAUACAGAAUGGAUUUUAUUCCUCACCGUACAGUAUUGCUACAAACCGCAUGAUUCCACAGACAUCUAUCACGCCAUUCAUUGCUGCUUCCCCUGUCUCCACAUAUCAGGUUCAGAGUACUUCAUGGAUGCCUCAUCCGUCAUAUGUUAUGCAACCAACAGGUGCUGUGUUAACACCAACAAUGGAUCACACAAUGUCCAUGCAGCCAGCAAGUAUGAUGGGCCCCCUGACACAACAGAUGAAUCACCUUUCCUUGGGCACAACAGGAACGUACAUGACGGCUGCUGCACCUAUGCAAGGGACCUACAUUCCCCAGUAUACUCCUGUGCCUCCAACAGCUGUCCCUCUUGAAGGUGUUGUCACCGAUACCUCUCCACAGGCAGUAGCACCUUCAUCACAGGAAGCCAGUGGUCAACAGCAACAAAUGGCAGUGGAUACAUCCAGUGAACAUGCAUCUGCAUAUUCCUACCAACAGUCAAAACAAUAAACAGGACUGAAAAAUGUCGGUCUGAAAAGUUUGCCUUGAAUGGAGAAACUUCAUUGAACAAGAAGUUGGCUUCCAGUUUGCACAGGCGUCAACAGAUUUUUUUUCCCUUUCAUUUUCUACCUUACCCAACAAAAACAAAACAGUGUUUCUAUGUGCUGUGCAAAUUGUUCAGUCAUGUAGUCUGAUAGUUUUAUUUUUGCUAUUUUUUUAUUAAAAAAAACCCAUGCUGAAACAUUGGGUUGAUAUUUCAUCUGAAUGAACAUUUGAAAUUCAGAAUUUACUUGGAAGUGUAGAUAGAUUUGUUUUUGUUUUCCAAAACAACAACAGAGAACCAGUGAUGUCAAGAGGGAGCAAGCUGAGAUGAAAACUAAUGGUCUUCCUCAAGAAUCCAGCUUCUCUUUUUCCCCUUCUUGUUGAAGUUAAGUGUGUCUUUCAUUUUGAGUUUUUUGUUUUGUUUUUUUUAGAAAUGUUUAGGUAAGGUUUAUCUUGAAUCUUAAUUGCCUUAAUUUUAAGGACGUCAAAGGCUCUCAAGGCAAGCUGUCAACGUCUGGGUAGAAGAAACGAGAAUGAAAUCAAACUUAUACCAGUAUCAGCUGGUGCUGAAGUUCAACAGACUGAAUUUUUAGGGUGAACAAAAAAAUUAUAAACUGUACAGUUUGGCAGAAAAUGAUUUUUCUUCUUUUGAAGAAAACCUGUUGAUAAAGAAACUGUGGCAACUUCAAGAAUUGGGAAAAAAAACAUGGAGACUUUUAUGAACUUUCUUAGUGUUGACAGAGAAGAAUCUAGAAGGCUAAAGUGUUUUACAAUAAAAUUAUUGAACUGGGGGGGUAUCAACUUGCAUUUUAAGGAAUGCAGGAUUUUUUUUUCUUGCAGAAUGGAGAUUUUUUUUAUUUACAAAACGUGAUCGCUGGCAAAAGCAUUAGUGCUUUUUAUCUGCAGUCUUUUUUAUGAGCUUUAAAAAGUUUUUAGUCUGCUUUGCUUGUCACAUUGCAAACACCUAGCUUAAAAGCAUUGGGGGGGGGGGAACGUAAGUAGAUAGGAGCUUAUGGUCAAAAAAGUGCAAAAAAAGCAAUAGCUAGAAGAAAUUGUUGACAAUUUCUGUAGUCUUUCCUAGUUGUGAACAAAUGCAGCCUAUGGAUGGCCUAUUUUAUACCAAAGAUGAAAUGACACCCUACCACAGUCCAGAAGAUAGAGGGUUUUUUUCUUAUUUCUUUCCUUUUUAAAAAAAAUAUCUUUAUUUGACCUACAUGGCCGGACCAGUUCUUAUCUUUGUGUUUGUUUAAACUAUCUUCCACUGGUAUUUUACAUCCUACGCACUUAGGCUUCUAAUGGAAAGUUCUGAGUAGUUGGUACUUAGCAGCGCUUAGCAGCAUUUCCCAGCAUGAGGAAGAGAUGGUUUGCCAGCUAUUCUACCCGGGUGCGUUUUAACUUUGCUGAGCUUUUCUGCUGCAUUGUCUGAUUUCUUUUGUACUGAAACUACAGUCUUCCUUUUUCAUAGCAUCCCACAGGUUCAUUUCUUCCCCUCUCCCUGUGUCAUCUUCCAGUGUUCAGAACCAGCCAUCAUCAUUUUGCAUUUUGGUGGUGUGUUCAAGUCACUUAGAAGAUGUCGCUGAACAUAGGUGAUCAAUGUUUUCAUUUAACUCUCCCAUGCAAGAAGAAAGUUAAAAAUGGCUCACGUUAAUUCUUUCAUGCAAGCAUGAAUUUAAUAAUCACUUUAUACUAACUGGCUUUCUGUUGUCUUAAUAUGUUUGCUGACAAUCACUAAUUAGUUUGAUUAGGCAAAAGACAAUAACAAGUAAAUUGAAUCAGUGCAAACUUAUUUUUAAAAGAGAAAAGAAUAUAUGGAAUUUAUAUAUGGAGGAUACCGUGUCCCGUCCCCCCCAAAAAAGAGGGUAGCGUUUCAUGCAGUGACAAUUUGGGGACGGUACCUCCAAAUUUUGCCAGUCCCCCAGCAAUGUAUGGGGAAAGUUUUGAAAGCAUGCAUUCCAUUCAUUUCCAAAUUCCUUGUUCUCCACUAGUUCCCCCAAAUUUACAGGUGGCACAGUCCACUGAGAAUAUCUUCCAUGGAUGUGCUAUUUAAACGAAGGGGAGUUAAGCAGGAACAUGAGUGUGCCCAUGGAGCCUAGACAGGUUCCUGGAGGCUUCAGCUUCAGCUUCAAAAUUAGAACUGCUAUUGAUGAAUAUGGCAAUGAAGUUCAGUAGUUCUUUUCUCUAUAGCAGGCAGAAAGAUCUAGCAAAGGAAGCACCUAAAAAGAAAUAAACCAAAAGAUUUAAAUGGUCCUCCAUCAGGAAAAAAAAGGAUGAAGGAUUCACUGCAAUGGCUGUGGUGUAUUCAAAACAGGGUAACAAUACUGAAAAGGGAAAAUACAAUAUGAAAAAUAAAUUAAAAUAAAGCAGGUUUCCUUUGGAUCAACCAGAUUCAACUGCCCCAGUUGUAAUAUUAAGAAUACAAUCCACUAACUAUGAUUUCCACACAAGCCCCAAAUGAAAGGAAAUUAGGUUUGUGUAAGAGCACUGUCAGAGGAUUGCGCAGAGUCUGUGGUUACUUUAAGUGACUUUUAAAAGAAUUGAGUAUUUUUUUAAGAAUACUAAAAACUUUUCCUUAUUUUUAAUGUUGUAUCUCGUGUUUGGUGGGGAUGGGGUUGGGUUACCCAAAUAAAUGGCUGCUAAAUAUGCAACAUUACAACGCAAAAAAAGAAAAGAAAAAGAAAAUAGGACAUAAUAUAGUCAACUGGCAGAGCCAAGAGAACCUGGUUAUUUGAGAUUCUGAAAGCACGUGUAGUUUCAUCUGGCUACCUAUGUGCUCUUCUGACUAAAAGGGCCACAGCACAGAGAAAAAAAGUUUCAAUAUUAUGUAAAGACCUCUAGCUUCUUCCUUUCUGUCAUGUGCUUUGCCAUUGCUGUUUACCUUCUGUGAGCAUCAGUUUCUUUUUAUUUUCCUUCAGAAAAGGGUGUGCCUACUGGAAGGGGGUGUGGGAAAAAUAAUCAAGCCAGCCUUAUUUUCUUCCUUUUUAUGCUCUAUCUUUUCCUGUGUUUAUAAAUAGAGGUUAUCCUCCUGUGGCACAAUUCUGUCAAAUAUUGAAGAAGAAAAAGCACGUGUUUGUUUUUAAUUGUUUCUGUAUAAAUUCUAGUUUGGUGCAAAGAAAAGUCUCAUUGCCGUUGACAGUGAGGCUGCAAGGUAGCUACCGUGUGGCUGAUGGAUAUGCUGAGGUACCUUCCUGGUUCUUGUCAAAACUCUGCUGCUUUAUUCAUACGUUCUAAUCAUUAUUAUUAUUUUGGACUUGUUUAAAAAAAUCAUGUUAAACCAUCACAGUGAAAUCAUUAAGAAUAUCAACAAGUAGAUCAUAGCUAUCACUUCAGGUGCCCAAGGACAUUGG